CGUGUUACUCGUUCCUCUAUGCAUGCAUGAGUAUCGGAUACUUGUUAUUCUUGAUCUCUCUUUCCCAAAAUAAUCACAAUUAACCACAAAUCCAAAUCAAGAAACUUCUUCUACUAAACCUAUGAUCACUAAUUAAUCAACACAGAAAAUUCAAGAAUCUAUGAGAAAGGAGGUGGUCGUGACGGUGGCCGCGGUGGCAACAGCCGUACUGGUGGUGGCGGUUGCAACUAUAACUCAAUACAAAAGAAAAAAAGAGAAGCAAUUGAAGAAAACGCAGCGUAUUGUUCGUAAGUUUGCAAGAGAAUGCGCGACUCCGGUCGCUAAGCUUUUAAAGGUGGCUAAUGCAUUAGCAUCUGAUAUGGAGACAUCUCUUGCUGCCGGGGAAAAUACUACUCUUGACAUGCUUGUGUCGUACGCUACUUCACUGCCUAAUGGGGACGAAAAAGGGCAAUACUACGGAUUAAAUUUGAGGGGGAACAAUUUUUUGAUUUUGUGUGCUAGACUUGGUGGAAAGGAUGAGCCUAUUACUGAUUUACAUAGGGAAGAGAUUUCUAUACCCUCCAAUUUGUUGCUUGCUACUUCUCAGGAAUUAUUUGAUUAUGUUGCGGUGGAGUUAGCUAAAUUUGUUGCAGCAAAUCCUGGGGAUAUUGCAAAUGAUGGAUCAGAAAGAAUGAAAAAAUUGGGUGUUACAGUCUCAUAUCCAGUCGACCAAAUUGCAUCCACCUCCGGCUCUGCUAUUCAAUGGAAAACUUUCUCAGCUGAUGAUACAGUUGGAAAAGCAUUACUGAAUGAUAUUAAUGGAGCUAUAGAGAAACAAGGCCUAAACAUGCAAGUUUUUGCAAUGGUUGAUGAAACAGUAGGAAAUUUAGGUGGAGGAAGAUAUUACAAUAAAGAUACAGUGGCUGCAGUAACUUUAGCAUCAACCACAAAUGCUGCUUAUGUAGAACCAGUCCAAGCAAUUUCAAAAUGGCAUGGCCCUUCACCUCUUUCAGGGGAAAUGGCAAUAAGUAUGGAAUGGGGAAACUUCAAUUGUGCUGAACUUCCAAUUACUGAAUUUGAUGCUACUUUGGAUUCAGAAAGCUCAAAUCCUGGUACCAAGAUAUUUGAGAAGAUGAUUUCAGCAACAUACUUGGGAGAAAUAGUGAGAAGAGUGUUACUAAAAAUAGCUAAAGAAACAUCAUUAUUUGGAGAUCAUGUUCCUACAAAACUGGCUAUUCCAUUCCUACUCAGUUCACCUGAUAUGGCUGCAAUGCAUCAAGAUGCAUCAGACGAUCGUGGAAUAGUUGGUGAAAAGCUACAAGAAAUUUUUGGGAUAGCAGAUCCAACACUAGCCGCGAGGGCUGUUGUCGCCGAGGUUUGUGACAUAGUAGCGGAACGUGGAGCCCGUCUCGCUGGGGCCGGAAUUGUCGGAAUAAUAAAGAAACUCGGAAGAGUCGAAAACAAGAAAAGUGUAGUAAGUGUAGAAGGAGGACUUUAUGAACAUUAUAGAGUCUUUAGAAACUAUCUACAUAGCAGUGUUUGGGAGAUUCUUGGGAAUGAGCAUUCAGACAAUGUAUUAAUUGAGCCUUCUCAUGGUGGUUCUGGAGCUGGUGCCCUUUUUCUAGCCGCUUGCCAAACACAUAAUCCUGAUUCCUAGUUCUAGGGUUUACAUAGAAUACAUUUCUUGCAUGUUACUUCUGGAUUUGAUUUUAAUGGAUUUUAUUACAACUAAAUGUAGCAGAUUAUAUAAAUUGGAUAUAACUCAAUUUUAGAUCCACUACAAGGUUUCGAGUUCGAGUGGUGUCAUAAAAAAUUACUAUGUGUUGUACCCGAUUUAGACACAUUUGAAUAAGAUUCAUUAAUGAAAUCGGGAUAUUUUUUUCUA